GGUGCGGAAUUGUGGCGGGAUGGAAAGCCUGGGCCGGAGGGUAGGCUGCCCGGUGGGUUGUGAGAAGGGCUGUCCGUUCUUCUUCGUCGGCUCUGCGGGACGUGAAGGAACGGAACAUGGAUUCACAGAAGGAUGUUCAACCUCCAAAGCAGCAGCCAAUGAUUUACAUUUGUGGAGAAUGUCAUACAGAAAAUGAAAUAAAGGCAAGAGAUCCUAUCAGAUGCAGAGAAUGUGGCUACAGAAUAAUGUACAAGAAAAGGACAAAAAGACUGGUGGUUUUUGAUGCCCGAUGAUAUCUGCUGAAGAUACAGUGACUUCAUGAUGCAGUUUAAUCUUUCUGAUAACUUUUCUCUGUAAAACUAUUUCUGUACAAAUGCACACUCAUAUUUGUGUUUUAAGAGAUUAUUAAAGUUUACUGUAAUACUAAA